GGCGUACCCUGCAGUAUUUGUUGUUGUUUUCGUUCAGGAGAAUAGGAGCAGAUCAGUCGACAUCUUUGGUAUCCAUAGCAUUUCUGUGCGUUAUGACCGUUUCUUAAGCUAAUCAUUUAGAGACUUGACGACCUAAAGGAAACAGCAAAGUGAAUCUGGAUUUAUCGUGUUUUUAGUGAAACCUGUGUGUGUCUUUUUGAAAGAUGGGCAGUCAGUACCAGCGCUCAGUACCUCUAGAGGUGAGGAGAGCAGAGGGAGAGAGGGUCCGGACCAAGCAUCCUGACAAGAUACCGAUCAUUGUGGAGAAGUCCCCGAGGUCACGAGCCCCUGAACUGGACAAGAAGAAAUACCUGGUGCCCUCAGAUUUAACAGUGGGCCAGUUGUGCUUCUUGAUCCGUCAGCGUGUGUCUUUGAGACCGGAGGAGGCACUCUUCUUCUUUGUCAACAACUCCCUUCCCCCAUCCAGCUCCCCUCUCUCUGCUGUAUAUGAGGAGCACCAUGAAGAGGACCUGUUUCUCUACAUGACCUACAGUAAUGAGAGUGUGUACGGUGCCUGAGUGAGGACAAAAGACUGGAGAAAGAGAGAGAGAGAGAGAGAGAGAACGAGGCUGUCUGAGAAAUAAAGAGUUAAGGCUGUUUGUAAUGCUUCACACCACUAUUAUUCUCUAUAUUAGUUUUGAUAAGUAACUACAUGGUGAAAGAAAGGCUUGGCACAGGGCAGACGUGGUCGCUGGUAGGGUUUACCGUCGUCAGUAUUUCUGGGUGAGCUUAAUGCAUUUUAGUACACUUCAAGUUAUGUUGAUUAGAAAGAAUGAAUGCAUCGCAAAAGGAGGUUAAUGAAAUUACGUUGAGGGAUCUCUCUUAUUCUUUCUCAGUCCUCUGUAUUUAAUGCAAAUAUUUGUUGUUUUUUUGUAAAUUAAUAUCAUAAACUUUUGUGGAAAAUAAAGAUGAAAAUGCAUACA